AUGGGGCACGGCAAGGAGGCGAAGACGAGGCCCGACCCCAGGGUGGACAUCCAGGAGAAGGGCGAGAUCUUCUUCUUCUACCGGCCCAAGGUCGGCAAGCACGAGGCGCGCAGCCCCGACGACGUGCAGCGGAUGUACGUCGUCCUCCGCCCCGAGGCCGCCGCCGACGGCCGCGCCGUCGAGGAGAAGCAGGCGCCCGACUCCGGCAAGGAGGGACACAAGAAGCAGCAGCACGGCGACGGCGGGGAAGGCGAAGGCGGCCAUGGCAAGGAGGAGGUGGACAUGGAGGAGCGGCCGCUGCUCCGGCUGAUCGUGAUGGGGAAGAAGAGCCUGCCGGACCCGGCGGAGCGCCGCCGCCCGUACUGGGGGUACGUCGAGCUCGUCACCACCGACGUCAACCACAUCAAGGACGUGCUCAAGGAAGAGGAGUACGGCACGGCCACGCGCGGCACGCGACGCAGGGCGGCGGCGAGGGCGCUGGGCGAGGGCGUGUACCGCAUCCUCAAGCACGACUCCGGCCACCGCCGCGUCCACACCCACCUCGUCUACAAGCUCGAGCUCCCGGCGCCCGCGCGGCGGCGCGACGGCGAGGCCGGGGAGCCGCAGGAGGCCAUGAACGUGGAGCCGGAGGCGUCCUACCUCAUCCAGAUCAAGAACCCCGAGCAGCGCGGCGGCGGCGGCGGCGGGGGAUUCCGGGGGCUGCAGAGCAAGCGCAGGGCGGCGUUCCCGGCGCACCUGCAGGGGCGGUUCGGGAGCAGCAGCCGGUACGCGCCGGCUGACCCGCCGGACCUGCUCAACUACGAAGGGUGCGAGUUCCUGCUGAUCGCGGCGUCCGACGACGUCGAGGGGGAGCUGGGGCUCGAGCUGGAGACCGAGACGGACGCCGGAGCCAAGCUCGAAGGCGCCGGCGACGCCGCGGGGUGCUCGGACCUGGUGAAGAUGUUCGGCGAGGUCGCCGACGUGAAGCCGCUGCUGUCCGGGAACUGGGACUAGCUAGCUCUUUCAGGGAUUUGGAUCCCAUGUCAUUAUAAUGACACUUUUAAUGUAGCAUUAGCACAGUUAAUGUAGAAUUUUCUUCCUUAGGUUUGUGGCUUUGUGGCUUUUGCAUGUGUACAGAGAAUGUGCAACAAGUGUCAGUGUUCUCUGUGCUUGGUUACAAGUACUAACUUUUGGCUGACAAUUAUAUCGAGAACAAGAUGGGACACGUUAGCCUAUGAAUAUGUUCUGUUUUUAUCUAAUGCAUGUGUUUGU